UUCUUUAGGAAUGAAGACUGACCUGAACUUAUUAUUGGAGUGUCUGAAGUAUCAAAUGGACAAUGCUUUUUCGCAAAAGGAAGCUCUGGUCACUAUUCAUUCAAUUUGCCAACAAAACAGUAAGACAUGAUAGUGAAUUUUUAUUUGUGAUUCUAGUUGUUUAGUAGUGUGAUGUAUGAAAUAUGCAUAGUUCUUUCUCUUCUACUCAGUUAUUUUACAUAUUAUGUUACUGGGUUCAUGUGAUUUAUUGUCCUUAAAAUAAUAAUUACAAUAAAUAUUCUUCUUUGUUUUGUCUGCACACUCUACAGGUAAUGCAGGUCUUUAUUUUCGGGAAAUUGGUGGUUUGAUGUUUGUAAAAGAUCUUGCAAAGUCAAGUGAACAUAGUAUGGUAAAAGAAGCAGCAUUAUAUACAUUAGGAGCUAUUGCAGAACAAAAUGGUAAAAUAAGAAAACUUUAUUUCACUAUCCUUUAAUCAUUGUGUUAUACUUCAACAAACUACUAAAAAAUAAUUUUAGAAUUCAAUUCCUUUUUUACAUGUCUGGAUAGUUUUUUCCAGGUAUUUUAUUUAAAUUAAUGCAUACCAAAGAUUUUAUUUAUCUUAUUAACUAAUGAGGGAACGAGUGAAAUGUUACAACUGUUUCAAAAGUAAUGGCAAAAAACAAUACUAUAGGCAUUUGGGAAAGCUGAAAUUUAGGAAUAGGCACAUAACUGGUCAGUGUCUGCAGGUUAAAAAUCAAUUAUGUUCUACCAGUCGAAAUGUUUUGCAUUUCUGUGGACAAGAAUAACUUGCAUUAAUAUCAGUUUUCUACAAUUUACAGAGUUAUAAAAUAGCCCAAAGACAGUAAAAGACAAAUAAUCUAGAAGGGUGUGCUAGACAGGACAUUCAGUAAUUGUUAUCAUCCAUUUCAAAAUCUUUCACAAUUUUUCUUGCCAUUAGUUGGAAACAUUUUUUUUACUUUGUCUUUUACUAUGCUUUUUUUUGCCAUAUGAAUGUUUUUUAUUUUUAUAAAAAUAAAAAUUCAUCAUUCUUUCUCUUUUUUGCUUUUGGAUUUUGAAUCAUAAGAAAAUUUUCCAUACUCCCAGAUUACAGGGGAAUCCACCCAUGUUUUCUUUUGGUACUUGUAUGAUUUUAUUUUUUAGUUAUACAUGUUUUAUUCUUUUUGAAUUUUCCUGGGAUAUGAUGUGGUGAAGGUUCCAGUUUUAUCUUUUUUUUAAUAUGGCAAUCCAGCUAUCCCAACACUUCUUAUUAAAAGUAGAUCUUUUUCACAUUGAUUUGAGAUGCUACCAUUAUCACUUAAUGAGUCUAUUUCUAGUUUUUCUAUUCUGUUCAUUAUCUAUAUAUCCAGGUACUUGAAUCAAAAUAUGAAGAUAACUUACAGCCAUCUUACAUGUGUAUAAAUAUGCUUUCUGUAUGGCCAACAAAAACAUGUUUCUGUAGCAUACCUGAAAUGAGGUUAAAUCUAAACUAUUAGUUUGUCAAAUAACUUUAUAUUCUUAUAUUUUCAACCGUUAAAUAUUUCUUCACCACUUGUUGAGAACCAAGCUGUGUGCUAGGCAUUGGGGAUAAAUAAGACAUUGCCUUUGCCUUUGAGAGUGUCUAAAAGCUAUUCUAGACACUGGAUAUAUGUGUUCAAAUUAUUUUUUAAAAAUUCUGCUUAUUGCAUGAUUAUCACCAAAAAGCCUCUCCUGUCGUGUAGGUAUCAUUUUUGUCUCUGGGAAAGAUAUUUUUAUAUCUAGAAAAGUCUUUAAAAAUACCACAAGUAUCAUUUGUCCUUCUUUUCUAAAGCAGGUUUCUGAAUUUUCUUAAAUUUUUCUUUGGCUAUGUUUUGUUACUUAUCGUCAAUUUUUUGGUCAUGUUUUAUUUUAAAUUUUUGUUCAGUUAGGCUUUUAUUGGAAAUUGUGUGAGAUUGCAAUACAUGUUUAGAACCUAGUCAACUACUUCUGAUUAAAAUAUUGCUUCUUUGGUCUGUUAAUUGAGUAAGCACAUAAGUUUGUCAGAAUUUGUUUUAUGACUAAUAAAUGUCAGUGAAAUGAGAAUUGGUUGAGAAUUGUCCAUAUGGCAAUUUUAUAUUUUGUUCAGCAUAUUUUAAAACUUGUCUGUGCUAAUACAUAGAAAUUAAAAUUAUAUUUUCAUAUUUCAGUUUACUGUCAGCAGACUUUGUGCACUUCAGAAUUGUUUGAAGACUUAACUUGGUUCUUAUCUAACAAUGAUUCAAACACAAAUUUGAAAAGAAUGUCUGUCUAUGUUAUUUUGGUUCUAGUUUCAAAUAAUAGGACUGGACAGACGCUUGUGAGAGAAACAGGUUGUAUUUCAGUUCUAUCACAGUUGUUCAAGACAGUCCUUUCAAAAUAUGAGUUGAAUUUGUCAGAUGAAAAUGUUUUCCAGAGUUAUCAGUUGUGGUCUUCAGUGUGUAGUACUCUGUGUGUCUGUGUCAACAAUCCUCAAAAUGAUGAAAAUCAAAUGCUUUGCUCUUCACUUUUUCCACAUGCUAAUGACUGGCUAAUAAAUUGCACGAAACCUGAGAUAAUUCGCCCUAUUUGCUCAUUUAUUGGACUCACUCUUGCAAAUAACACAUACGUGCAGAAAUACUUUAUAUCUGUGGGUGGACUGGAUAUAUUGUCUCAAGUUCUUGUGCAGUUGGAAUCUGAUUCACACAAGACUCUUUCCAGUGCUAAGCUUGCAGUGGUGGUGACAAAGACAGUGGAUGCAUGUAUUGCUGAUAAUCCUACUUUUGGGGUAGUACUAUCCAAGUACCACAUUGUUUCAAAACUUCUAGCAUUACUGCUUCAUGAAAGUCUGGAUUCAGGAGAAAAAUUUAGUAUCAUACUUACUGUUGGUCAUUGUACAGAGGAUUGUGAGGAAAAUCAGUAUGACCUUUUUAAAAGCAAUGGGCUUCCACUCAUGAUACAAGUCUUAACUGAAUCUCAGGACGAGGAACUAAACAAAGCUGCCACUUUUGUGCUUCACAACUGCAAAAAAAUUACUGAGAAGUUAUCUCUAAGUCUCGGAGAAUAUUCUUUUGAUGAAAAUGAAGAACAAUUAAAGGACAUAAAUAUGAAAGAGAAGAAUCUUGAAGAUUACUGGAAGAAAGCGAAGGAAAUUCUACACAGAAUAGAACAGCUUGAAAGAGAAGGAAAUGAGGAAAGAGUACAAAGAGAAAACUAUAAGGAUUAUGUUUCAUCUAUGAACAUAAAUAUUCAAAAUACAUUGAAACACCUCCAUGCAGAUAGCAGUGGUGGAGGUUCCAAAGCAGAAGAUAGGGAUAAAAGCCAGUCUAGAAAGCUUCAGAGUUAUAAGUCCCAUGAAGUCAUGUCCAAAGCAUGUACAAAUGAUGAUCAAAUGAAGACCCUGUUAAAGAGUGCAAAUCCAGUUAAUGCUUGUUAUAGGGAGAGUGAGCAAAAUAAGACUUUAUGUAAAGCCAAUUCAAGCUGCAAUCAAAACUUACAUGAAGAAACAACCUUUGAAAAAAAGAAUUUUGUUUCUCAAUCAAGCGACCAUAUUUUUAAACAUCCAACUCCUAUUGGCAAAAACACAAAGCAACAGUUACCAGUAACAGAUCCAUUGACAUUAUGUUCAGAUAUAAUAAAUAAAGAAGUCAUUGGUUUUCUAGCAACAGACAAUUGUUCCAAAAUAUUGAAGUAUAGAUGCUCAGGUUGCAUAGCAGUAGGAAAAUCCCUGAAUAGCCGAACCUUUAGCAAGCUCUUACACUCUUGCCCAUACCAAUGUGAUCGUCACAAAGUCAUUGUGGAAGCUGAAGACAGAUAUAAAAAUGGACUAAGGAAAUCACUUAUCUGUAACAAAAAAAUUCUGCUGACCCCACGUAGAAGAGGAAAACUCAAUAAUGAAUCUACUACCCCUGGAGGAAUAAUACACGGGCCUCUCACUGUUGUGGCCUCUCCCGUUGCGGAGCACAGGUGCUCCGGACGCGCAGGCUCAGUGGCCAUGGCUCAUGGGCCCAGCCGCUCCGCGACACGUGGGAUCUUCCCAGACCGGGGCACAAACCCAUGUCCCCUGCAUCGUCAGGCGACUGUCAACCACUGCGCCACCAGGGAAGCCCAAUAAUAGAAUUUCUUGAGCAGCAUGUCUUAAAAGCAAAUAUAUAACAACUAAAAGUAUUCUAUAAUCAUUUUUCAUAGUAAAAUCAUUUGCAGAGCAUCAUGAAAUAUACAUAAUUAUGGUUAUAUAUUGAUUAUACAGAGGGAUCCUAAAUAUUUUUAAGUCACUUUCAGCUCGUAAAUACCUACAUCUUUUUUGUAGGUUCGAGUUGCUUAGCUAAAAUCCAAUAGUUAAUAAGUUGGCCUGCUUUUUUCAAAUUUAGAAAGGCAUCUUGAGGAGGUAGUGAUUAGAUUGGUCUUAUAUCUCUUUUACAAGCAGGCCAGGAAUAUUUGAUGUACUGCCAUUUUUCCCCCUCUUAAUAAAUUUCCCUUUCAUACUAGAGACAUUCAUCACCUUUCAUUUGGUUAUAGGUUACACUCAAAUUUGAGACUCUUCUUUUGAGAAGGGACCAUUUGCAGUAUCUAAGUAUUUAAAGAGCCUUGGGGGCAAGGCUCUCUUUUAGGAUGGAUUGAUAUCUUGAGAGGGUUUGAAAAACAAGAGUCUCUAGGACUGAGCCCUCUUGCCUAUUUUUCCCUGCUUUUUUCUAAUGCCCAGUCAGUAUUAGGAGGAGCACUAAAGAAGUCACAGAAGAGAGUCUUGUGGUGUAGAGAGCUGUUUCCUUCUUCUAGUCUGUCAACUAUGCUGCUGUGGUAACCAUUGAGGUAUUUGGCACAGAUGCUAAUUUAAGUGUAGAAGUCAGUGAGAUGGCAACUGCAGGGGAAAAGUGGGGAUUGGCUCUACAUGAACACCCCCAGGACCCAAUAUCUUGAAUGUUAUAAUAACCCAUCUGGUCCUGAUUAUAAUGAGUUCAAAUCAUUUAGCAAGUGAAGUUGAAAUCAUGUUUCUCGGAUAACCACAGUUUUCCAGUAGACCCAAGUAAGAAUUAACUUCAUUGAUAAGUUUUAAAAGUUUUUACUGGUAGUAACAUUUUUCCAUCAACAAAUAUUUAUUGAUCACCUACUAUGUGUCAGACACUGUCUUAGGCACUGGGGACACAUGGGGAGUAAAACAGACAAAAAUCCCAGUUUUCAUGGAGCCUGCAUUCUAAGGAAUACCAUUAAGUAAUAUUUAGACAUUAUUUUCAUUGAUUUCUUGGCCUUCUGCUGGUAAGAUUUUUCCCUCCUGCUUUAAAAGAUCUGAACUAUGGCUCCUAUCUGAGGAGAGAUGGACUAACAGUCAUAACAUGCAAAGGCAAGAUUUUCGAAGGAUGUCCCAGCAUAGCUAUUCAAGGUCCUACUAAAGUAAAUAGCAGACUUAAUUGGAAAUACAAAAACUCUUCCUCAUCUGCAUCUACCCACAAUGAUAAUGUGCAUUAACAGUGAAUUAAAAAGCUUAAGGGACUUCCCUGGUGGUCCGGUGGUUAAGAAUCCACCUUCCAACGCAGGGGACGCGGAUUCUAUUCUAUGAAGUUAUGGAGCCCUUUGGGAAGACUGUAUCUGUAAGAUAGGUAAGCUGUUUGUUAACUGUCCUCACAGGAAUGUUGAGAGAAUUAACAAUCAAAUGUUUAUAAAAUUUUGUGUUUCUUGAUUGAAGGAUUUUGAGAAUAUUAUCGCAAUAGGAUUGUUACAAUUAUUGAAGAGAUCACAGUGAUAGCAUCUAGUUUAAUAGUAAGCACUCAGUUUUGUUUUGUUUUAAUUGAAGUGGAUUUCUAAAUGAUGAGUAGUCCAGGCAUGAAUUUUUCUCACUGUGUAAUCCAUAUCCUUAGAAUAAGUUAAGCAUUUAUUUGGGUCUCAAGAACUCUUUUUUCAGCAAGUACUAA